UUUCUUUAACCCAAUUUCGCUAUAACAGUACAAAAAUGUCUUACCACAAUUUGGUGGAAAGUCAGAGAGAAUAUUUUCGCACGGGAAAACCUGCUGAAAUUGACCAUCGAAAAGCUGAAUUGAAACGUUUACGGCAUUUAAUUUUGGACAACAAAGAUCAACUUUGCGAGGCAGUUUAUAAAGACUUAAAGAGACAACAAGAUGCUAAUUAUUUCUAUGAAUUGGCUUCUGUCGUUACAGAAAUUGACUAUGUGUUGGAGAAUUUGCAUAAGUGGACAGAACCUACAACUGCUGAAAAAACUCUCGCAACAAUUUUGGAUAAGCCUUAUAUUGGAGUUGUUCUUAUAAUUGGACCUUGGAAUUAUCCAUUGAAUACUCUACUAAUGCCGCUUGUUGAUGUUAUUGCUGCAGGGAACACGGCAGUCCUUAAGCCCUCUGAAAUUGCCUCGAACACGGCAAAAGCUGUUGAUAAGCUUUUUACCGACAUUUUUGAUAAGCGUGUCGUGCUUGUUGUUCAAGGAGGCAUUGAGGAGACGACAGAGCUUUUGAAGGAACGUUUUGACCAUAUUGUUUUUACUGGCUCAACUAGCGUCGCGCGGAUUAUAAUGGCUGCAGCAUCUAAACAUCUGACUCCUUGCACUCUCGAAUUGGGUGGCAAAUCUCCUGUGAUUGUUGAACCAGACGCUGAUAUUUCAGUUACAGCAAGUCGACUUGCCUGGGGGAAAUGGUUAAAUUGUGGGCAAACUUGCUUGGCACCAGAUUAUGUUAUCGUUCAACCAGAGACUAAAGAUAAAUUGGUUGCAGCAUUAAAAACUACUUUAUAUGACUUUUAUGGAGAGAAGCCAUCGGAGAGUAAAGAUUAUAGCCGAAUAAUUAAUAAGGACAAUUUCAACCAAAGUCCUAACAUUUUAUAUAAGGCUGGGCAAUUGGAUGAGAAUGAUUUAUUUAUUCCACCAAUUAUUUUGGAUGCCAAUUUUAAUGACCCUAUUAUGCAAUCCGAGAUUUUUGGUCCAAUACUUCCAAUAAUCACUGUACGUUCAUUUAAUGAAGCAAUUGAAAACAUUAAAAGAGGGGAAAAGCCAUUAGCCGCUUAUUUGUUUACAAAAGACGAAUCCAAAGUUAAACGACUUGUCAGCGAGACUAGUUCUGGCUCUGUUUGUAUCAACGAUGUUGUGCUACAAAUAACUGUUGACACACUUCCAUUUGGAGGAAUUGGCAAUAGUGGAAUGGGACGUUAUAGAGGCAAAUUUGGAUUUGACGAAUUUACACAUGAAAAGGCAGUACUGAAGCGUGGUUUCUUUGGCGAUUCUUUGGCUUCUAGUCGAUAUCCGCCUCUGACAUCUGAAAAGAUGCGAAGUCUGCAACGUCUGACAGGAAAACGUCACAAAAUGCCUAGUUUUUUGCGAUUUUUGCCUGGUGUAUCUUUUGUCUUUAUCGGUAUUUUGAUUGGUUUUAUCGUCCGAUCAGCUUCUAGCUCCUCUUAA